AUUUUAAAGAUCAGUUCAUGAAACUAAGGAAUUAUGCAGAGGAAUGUUUGAGGUCCAUUCCAGAUUCAACUGUGGUGAUUCACACAAGCAGAGUUCUCCCAGAAGCUCCCUUUGUUUUUCAACGCAUUUACAUGUGUUUUGAGCUAGUCAGACGUGGUUUUCUAGAAGGUUGUAGGAAGGUAAUAUGGUUGGACGGUUGCUUCUUGAAAGGACAACUCAAAGGUGAGAUAUUAACUGCAGUUGUGAGGGAUGAGAACAAUCGGAUGUUAUCCAUAGCUUGGGCGGUUGUUGAGAUUGAGAACUCCUCAUGGACAUGGUUUUUAGACCUAUUGAAGACUGACUUGCAGAUUACUAGGCCACACUAAUGGACUCUAAUUAGUGAUCAACAAAAGGUAUUUUUUAAUACGGUGUAUUAUAUGAAAUAUGAAAUGUGAAAUGUGAAUUAGUAUAUUAUAACUGUACAAUAUCACAUAGUUUUCUUAUACCAAUCUGUAUUAUAUCAACAAAAUGUAUUUCGGUAAUACGUACAUAGUUUUAGAAACUUA